UUGGGGCUUGGUGGUGUCUCUUGAGCGCAGUUUCAAGAUUCAUCUUGAGAAGGUAGCAGUACAUUUACCGCUCAAAGUGAGUCCGGAGCGUAAGGCGUGGGCUUGGAGUCCUGACUCAAAAAGAUACCUCCUUGUUUUUACCGGGCCGAACGUCGUUCCGCAAGGGCUCGGCAAGAUGAGUGACAGGAGUCGACUAACGGGAAAGAUUGGAGAUGAAACUUUGAUUGAGAUGAGCCAGAACUCCCUAUGUGAUGGGGACAACAACGGCUUCCCCCACGAUACUGACGACUAUCCCCAGCCUGACCCUUCAGAGUCUCCCACUCCUUACAUCAACCCUCCUGAUCAUGGCUCCUGUGAUUCUCUGGGUCCUGGGGUCCAGGGUCAUGGUUCCUGUGAUUCUCUGGGUCCUGGGGUCCAGGGUCAUGGUACCUGUGAUUCUCUGGGUCCUGGGGUCCAGGGUCAUGGUUCCUGUGAUUCUCUGGGUCCUGGGGUCCAGGGUCAUGGUUCCUGUGAUUCUCUGGGUCCUGGGGUCCAGGGUCAUGGUUCCUGUGAUUCUCUGGGUCCUGGGGUCCAGGGUCAUGGUUCCUGUGAUUCUCUGGGUCCUGGGGUCCAGGGUCAUGAUUCCUGUGAUUCUCUGGGUCCUGGGAUUCUCCUGUGA